GUUCUGGAAAUAUGAUGAAGAAUGAGAUCCUAUAAACUGCAUUGCUCGUACACUGACGUUGACGUGUACGGCUACUAGUACUACGAUAGGCAGGCCGCCUGCUAUAUCUUAGAUAUAGCUAGAUCUAUGUACGUGUAUUUCGAAAAGAAAACCCGACAGAUGUUGAUCUGGAAAAUGACAGAAAUUUAGCAGAAAUGUAGCUUCUUUAUCGUGAGUCAUCGUGUGAAGUAGUUAAGAGAAUAUCUAAGCUAAUUAAACUAUGUACAUUUUUGUAUGAAAUCGUCUCCCAUCAUGACAAUGCAGCUGUCAUUUUGUGUCGCGUUUGCUGCUGCUGUUGUGAUCGUGUGUGUCAAUCGGGUGACGGGUUACUUGCCCGUGGAUGCAUAUGACAAUGGUCAUGUUGGAAAGAAAGGCAGCCCAAGAUACGCAGACUAUGGUCUCCUUGAAGUUGAUGCCCCUCCAUCAAGUUGCACAAGGGAAGCUGACUAUGAAAUCAGCCAAAAUUAUAUAAUAAGAACAAAAGACUCCAAACAAAAUGGUGCAAACUUUGUUGCUGCCUUAUCGGUGAGAACAUUCGAUGUGUGUUUGGAGCAGUGCUGUUUGAAAGAAAACUGUGACACAACCAUUUUUGUUGGAGAAGCAUACAGGAGCGAGGAAACAAACUGCUUUCUUUUUGUAUGCCGACCGGAUGGAAAGUAUGGAGAUAAUCGUUGCUUGUUCACGUAUCAUCUGGGAUAUAUUAGUAGUAUGAAGAAAGCAUUGGGAGGAUUCGAAGGAUAUGCAUCGGAUCCAAUUACAACAGCAAUACCUGUUCAACAAAUAGAGACAACAACAAAGCCAACACCACCACCUAAACAGUUUCCACCAAUUGAACCAGAUUCAAACUGCCCAGAAGGUUAUUUUGAGUGUGAUUCUGGUCAGUGUAUUAAUGAACUGUACAUCUGUAAUUCUGUGCUGGAUUGUGAUGAUGGUACUGAUGAAUAUGGCUGUAAUCCACAAGAACCACCUCCAGCAGAAAAGACCAAUGCUGAUCAAGACAUGUUUACAGAAGACCAGAAACUACCCCAGUCUCAUCUUAUCCCUCCUACUAAUCCACCUAACAUACCCAAUAAAUAUUCUGCUGAUGCUGAGCCUGGUCCAUCUAUCAAAGGAGAAGCUGAUCAGACUCUGGCUGACCAGCUGAAUGACCAAUCACCAUCAGAGAAUGUUGCCAAGGGUACGAAUACCAUGCAAGAUCCAAACCAGAGUAAUCGAGAGAAGGAACUUUCUGACGUGAAGCUCAGACUGCAGGAUGAAAGCAGGGGAAGAUUGCCACAAGUAUUAGAUAACCAAGAAGCUGAUAAGGAUGAGGAUCAAGACCAGUUUCCCGAACUUGAGUGCCAUGGUACCACAUGCUUUGAAAUCCAGCCAGAUGGAGGAAAGACUAGGUUUGGGGGUGUUCUUGAUGAAGAACAAGAUGAAGAGGUAGAAAGAGAAAGGGUGGAUGAAGAAGAAAAUCUUAAACCCAGGCCAGAAAACCAACAAAAAAACCCUCUGGACACACACCAAAGAAAUCUUGAGAGAGAAGAAUACCAGACAGGGGAUUUGAGAGACGACGAUGAGAACUAUCAAGGUCCUCAGCGGGCAAAGUUGCUGGAUUACAAGGAGGAUGCUGCAAAAUUCUUGUUUGACAAGAGUACAGGAGAAUACAGAUUGGAUGAGGAAAGCAACACCAAAUAUGACGUCAUUGGCAAAGGUGAUGAAAGAGAUGAGCAGAGAGAUGAUGAGGGAAGAGGUGGCAGAUAUUUAGAUGACAAGCAUCUGUCAGAUGUUGAAGACAGGGAUGCCUCUGAGCAGAGAGUGCUGGACUAUGAUCCAAUUGAUAGGAAGAUAAUUAGUGAUCAUGAUGUGGGUAUGAAGCAUCCAGCUGAUGUCCAAUCAACCAGAAAUGAUGCAUAUAGAGAUGGAGACACUGACAGACAGGAUAGACCUCCUCUUCGAGAUGGUAACAAGAACCGGGGAUUCCCAAAUAAACCUCUCAAACCUCGUCCACCAACCCAGCCACCUGUAAGGCAAGGCGUCUCGAAUUCUGAACCACAUCUGGGAGCAGGAUAUGGCUACAAUAGUGACUACUACAGCUAUUACUAUCAGCCUUAUGGACAAACCCAAGAUCGUUCCAGGUCCCAGCAAGCACAGAAUAGCAAAUGGCAGGUUGACAGGAGUAGACAGGACUCGUAUGGUGGUAGACACUCACAGGUUGCUUCUAACUACCAGUCAAAGAACAAACCCCACAGAGUACCUGAGACCCAAUAUGAUGACAGAAGCCGAUAUGGAACAAACACCGAUGUCUACAGUAAUAUCAGAUACCACAAAGUAUCAGACAUGACUUCAGAUCAUAGAAAAAACCAGAGACCGGUUGACGAUGUGCAGACAAGGCCUCGGUACAACAGCCUGUGGAAUACCUGGCCUAACGACUACUCCAGCAGUGUCAUUCCCGAGAAUGAUCUUUCGUUGAAGAACAUCGACAGGGAUCGCCAGUAUGAGAUGUCCUCCUCGUCAAAGAGUAGAAACCAUCUCAAAGGGCACAAGCUUAAUGGUAUAGCUGCUGAUGACAAUGCCCUGGCACCCCCUAAAUCUAACCCCACUUCCACCACAACCCUUUCCUCUAUCCAUCUAGCUGUUGUAACCCAAGCCCCUGUUCCUAUUGAUGAGAAUGCCCCACAAUCUGUAGAAGUUGUGACGGUGGUGGCUCCGCCCAAUGAAGCAGUGACUGAUGGGAAAGCUAAGGAUGAUGGGAAGGUGAAUGACACUAAUGUGUUAACACAACAGGACGGUCCCAAUAUGCUUGAGAUGGUUCCAGAGUCCCAUGGAGGAAGCGGGAUGCCCCCAGCCAGUAGCGCUAUCUUACCCCUGGUCAUCGGCCUGGUCAUCACCGUCUGUCUUCUCUUGAUGGUUGGAUGUCGUCUGCGCUACAUGAAUCAAAGGCUGCGCUAUGGACGUCUCAAGACCAGUGCACAUGAUGCGGACUACCUUAUCAAUGGAAUGUACCUCUGAUUGCAAAAUGUGGAGUAGCAGAGUAGGGGGCUUCUUGUGCCCCUUUCUGUACAGUGUACUAAUGUGAUAUCAUUGGCUUUGCCAUUCUGGAGUAUCCUGGGGUUAAGAUGGCAAAGAGGUAUUCGAAAAGUGAAUAUAGUCCAAGGUAUCUUCUGUAGUGACAAAGGUGUCGCUUUUGCAAUACCAUGUACUUUGCUGGGAAUGCAUAGCCAUGAAACCAAAUUUGAUUUGUUAGCAGCCAUCUUAAGGGGUACAGGAAUUUGAAAUCAGAAAUUUACCUGGGCAGUUGCUCUUAAAAGUUUUAUAGGACUACCAAAUGUUCCUUACUGCAAAUUGAUUUUAUUAUUUCUUGAUGCAGUACAGGUAACAAAACACCUUUCGCUUUGAGUACUAUUAUCAUUAUGUUAAUUUGUUUUUAACAUAAUACAUUCAGGUAUUCAUGUAUUUAACCUCAAACAACCAUCAUGCAAUGGAUUGUUGAAAGAAUUAAUGUUCCUAUGUUAUUAAAUCUGUAUUUGUUGCAUUGGAUGAAUUCAAAAUUUACACUCCUAACUUCUAACCAACGUCACAGAAUUGACCUUUUUUCUCAGUAGAUGACUGCAAGUUUGACAACUACAGAUGUAACUACUUAUGCCAACAGAUCUAUUGUCACAUUACAAAUGUUAUGUGUAUAGUUGAGGUUGCACUGCUUUGAUCUUUUCAACUUUUAAAUUGUCAAAAAAAGAGAAAAAAAAUACUGAUGUAUGUAUUUUUUUUAUCAAAUGAAAUAAAUAUGUAGAAAAAACUGGUUUUAUUGAACAUUGACUGUAUUAGCAGAUUCCCUAGAUCUGUGUACAUUAUGCAUUUAAUUCUAGUGAUGGUUAUUUACUUCUUUUCUACUGCUGUUAAUAAUAUUGGUGUAUAUUAUUAUUUAUUGGUGUACAGUUGCCAGUGGUUUAGUAAAAAUGGAGCAAUUUUCAUUCUAGUGUACUAGUUUACAAGUAAUUGUAAAGUGUUGUGUUGCCCAGUACUUUACCACCAUUUGCUUAUGUUCAUUUGUGUAAAUUUGUCACUGAAAUUUAAAUCAUCAUCAAAAUAUACACCUUUCUACUAAUUUACCUACAAUGAAUGGGCUCAAGAAAGACAUGAUCCACAUGGAAUAUACAUGUGAAUGAGGGCAUUAUAUCCUAUUUUCUUUUAGGAACAAAUAAACUUCUUUGUCAAGGAAGAAAAAAAAAAUUGUUGUGAAAUGUACGAAAAUUAAAAAUCAAUGAUCUCGACAUGAGAGUUGAUAAAAAUAAGCAAAAAAGAUUUUAGAAAUAUAUAUUCUCACUGAGCUUGGUUAUGACUGUUGUCUUCAUUACCAGGUCCCUUGGAGAGGAUCCAAACUCUGGGUUAUCUAGGUAAUUAAGUCACAAGCAUUUGUGUUUAGUAUCUGGUUUAUAUUAUAGGAAGAAAACCUUCAAGUUCAAGCAGUGUUCAUAUAAAGUAUGGCAUAAAGUCAAUGUUGGAGUACUUAUAUUGUGGGUGUCAUUAAUACACAUGUAUGUUAAAGUUACUAUAUUACAUCUGUUCUUUGAGGGCACAUGUGUAGGAAGAACUCAAAAUUACAUGCCCUUUUAGGUGAUAUUCUGUACUCUGAUAUAAAGUCAAAUCUACUAUUACGUAUUGUAUUUACUAUGACAUGUUUUAUACUCGUGGUUUUAGUGUUUAUGGUGUUCAUUGAUGUAUUUUGUAUUCACGUUCAAUUUACCCGUAUAAAAGUAUUAAUUUAUAUCUUAUGCACAAAAUGUGAUGUUAGUAAAUCAUUUAUAAUGAAAACCUGAAUGAUCUUUCCAUACCAUUCCAGAUCCGUUUAUACUUGUAAGUGGCUGAUUUAUUUAUGAUUUUUAUUUGGUCAAGUCCUAAAGUUCUAAGUUAUUUUUGGCUGACAUUAUUUGAUGGGAAUGUGCAUUAAAUGAAUUCAUUUUAUUCAGAAAUUCUUUCAUUUCAUAUUUUUUUAGAUAUCUUUCAUGAUUCUAGUGGUGUUUCGAGGGGGGGGGGGGGGGGAAUUGUUGUGUGCACCACUAAUUGGAGGGAGGGGUGUAAAAAAGACAAAGUAAGAAAAGAAACAAAUUAAAUGUUUAAUCUAAUGAAUGACCAAAGAAACCACCAUUAAAAGUCAGAAGAGGAUGUUACUCUUUCAAGAUGUUUAAGAGGUUUUGGGGGUGAUUUCUGCACUUGCCCGGAUGCUGUUAUACUUAGAGAUGCCAAUUAACUACUGACUGUAGAUUGUUUUAAGCUUUACUGAUCUAUUCUAUUUAUGAAUCUACACAGAGAUAUAGAGAUUUUAUUUUGAAUGAUGUACAAUUUUACCAUUGUCAGAUUCAUAAAAAGCAAAACUAUACUCACAGAAUCAUUCUGUACUAUUAUUGGAAUGUGAUUUCUUUAAUGAAAAUACUUCUUUAAUUAGAGGUGUGUUUGAUUUAACUCUGUACAAGAAAAUACUUGAAAAAUAUAUAAGAUAUGUAGUACUUUAAGUGCAACGUACUGCUUAUUCUCAUCAGUGUUGUAGCCAUUUUAGUUUUCUGUAAUCUUAUAACAUACAUAUUCUCUUGUGGCAGCCUCCAUCCCAAUUAUUGUACUUGACCGUCCUGUCCAGCUGUUUUGUUUUAUAGUCUUAAUGUUUUGAAAAAGUACAUAUUUUGAAAUCCAAAUUAAAACUUAGCUCAGUUUUAAAUUGAUGUUUAAUUUUAUUUAUGUGCAAAGUACUAGUGUAUAUGUAUGUACAGGUUUUGUGAAGAAGAGGAGAUCUACAUGUACACACGUUAUUGAUAACUCCCUCCUCAGCUGGUGAUUUGAAUGUUGAUUUCACCUUAAUACAUGUAGAUGAAACCUCAAUCACAGAUUUUUCACAGUACUUUUUUUUGUUCCUGAGAAUGGAUAAGACCUUGUGGUAUUGUGUUUCAUUGUAAUACCUUAUUUAUUAUUUGUUUAAAUGACAUUUGUUUCAUGCAAGAAAAUAGUUUGAUUUUGUUGGAACUGUGCAAGUAUUUUCAGUGUGUGUUUUCAUUUUGUACUUUGUGAUGCAAAACCUGUUAGCACCGCUUUAUUUUCUUUUUGAGUUCUUAUCCCUUGUGUAAAUAUCACUAUCUUUUAUUUCAUUUGGAAAAAGGGAUCAUUGGAGAUUGGAGUAUAGAAAAUUAAACUUGUGAGUUACAUUAUAGAAAUAGUCUGUCAAACAUAUUUUUAUUUCAUGUAUUAUGAAAAUAUAAUUUAUUUGAGAUUUCUUGCUCUUUUUUUAUUGAUGUAUGCAAUAUGAAAAAAAAAUGAGGGUAGGGUGGUUAGCAUGAUACAAUAAAAUAUUUUUAACAAACUGUAUUAGUUUAAAAGUCACACAUGAAUGAAUUGAAUUGAAUUGCUAAAGCAGUAAAUUCCAAUUUUUCUAGUACAACAUUAUAAGCAAGUAGAUAUUGAAAGCUUGUUGCUUGUGAAUGAAGUAGCAGCAUACUUUGUAUGAUGUAUACAUAUCCUCUAAUUAUGAAAUAUUGUAUAGCACAUUUUUGUAAACACAUGAUACAACACUUCAGGUUGAAAUUGUGAUGCUUGUAAAUGAGGCUCACUGCCCCCUCUUUAGUACUUCUAAAAUGUAGGUGUCAAUGGGAUGGAAAGAAUGAUGAUUGUGUUUAGACAGUGAAGCAUUAUGCAUUUUGACGUCCGAACAGACCAAUCAUAUCCCUCGAUCAUCACCCUCGUAUUGUGCAUGCUGGUACUGAAUACCAGUAGAUAUUUAUGCACACAGAAUAUUGCACUUGGUUCAUAUUCAUGUACUAAUAUGAAGUGAUAAGAAGGAUGUCAUUUACUGGUAUCUACUUUGUGAUUGGAUUAUAAUGGAAUACUACUAAUCGUUCAUUAUGAGAAAUGUAAUUCUUUUUGCAAAUAUGCACACUCUAUUUUCACAAUAUAUAAAAAUAAACUGACACUUAUUUAUACAUAAUAUGUAAAGAAAAACAUGUGUACUGGUAUUGUUACCAUGUUUGAAUACUUAGAUUCAAAUCAAUAGAUUGAAGGAACUUAAAUGUUGCCUAAUCACUGGCUAUUUCUUGGUUUUGUGAGUAAUUGGUGGACUUUGUAUGAUAAAUUCUUGUAUUUUGUCAUAGUUCUUGGAUAAAUAUGUAACUAAAACAACAUAA